AUGCCCAAGUUUACUUUAGCGAUCAAGUUCCCCAAGACCGCACAGUCGUACCAGGACUUCCUGGAUCAAGAAAUAGACAAGUGCAGCCCCGACAUGGUCACGCUGCCCCAUCUGUCCCCCGCCAAGACCAGCGCUGCGAAGAAACAGCAGAAACAGGUGCCUAAGGACGAGAUAUCUUCCAUGGCGCUGAACAUCGCCUCGCCGGCGAUUCCAGCCUCUAUGACACCCCUUUUCCAGGAGAAGAUUAGUCGACGAGAGAGUGAAGACAGUAUGGGCGCUCUGGAGUCCGCAGUCAACCCGACAAUCGUGGAGACCGCAGAAGUUAGUAACAAGCUGGACGUGCUCCACUGUGGCACCGUGAUUGAUAUCCAGGGAUCGCACGGGUUUAUCAUCCCGCACGACUUGUGUGUGGACGCCACGGAGACUCUGGCAAGACCGGUGGAGUUCGCGUACUCGGAGGGCAGCGACCAAGCGUGCUCUAAAACGUAA